AUGAGAGCGGAGGUCGAAUUCUCAUCAGAGGGUCGAGUGCGCGACCCCUUGGAGGUGCUGCCGCUCCUGCCAGCGCCGUCCCCCUUGUCGUCUCCCUCGGGGCGGUCGAGGUCUCGCUUCGCCCAGGAGCGAGCGAUCAGGGUCAGGACGAACGCCGCUCUGAGGUCCUUAGCCGCGCUGACGACGAACUCAUACCACGACCUGCGGGACUCCAGUUUCGGAUCCUCCAAGGAGUGGGACACGAGCCACGAGCUGCCGCGCAGGAUCUCCGAGAGGGUGCUGCAGUGCCACCGGGACGCGCACGAUCAGAAGAUGUACGACUCCGACGCCGAGUCCGCUUUCGAGCGGCUGGCCUUGCAUGCCAAGCCUGGGACCUACGCGGGCUUCAGUGUAUCAGACAAGGACGACGACGACGUGCCGCAACGAGGGAAGGUCAUGCCCUUCGUGAGCGGCGAAGCGUCUCUGCCUCCAGCGGGGGCGCAGCCAUGCGACAUAAGGAUGAUUUCACCAAAAGCGAGAUAUUACUUCGACCGAUUCCACGAGAGGAUGUGCCUCCCGCCCAGCCAGGUCGACGAGGCCGACAUCGAGAGGACGAGAGCCUACAUGGACCCCAGUUUGAGGAGCAGGUCAGCUCGCCUCCAGUUUGCGCUGAGACUAUGGGAGUCAGGCAUGCUCGGUUUCACGGACAUCUGCAGGGCGGAGGUCUCGGUGUUCUUCGUCAUGAAGAAAGUCAACGAGGCAGGCCAGUUCAUUCUCCGGCCCGUCUGGGACCUGAGGCAGGUGAACAAGCGCUUUCAGAAGCCACCUCACCUUUCUCUUGGGUCUCCGAUGGCGAUGGCGGAGCUGGACCUGUCCGACGAGAUCACAGAGGGCAGGGUCUUGCAGUCAACGUGGGGAGACGUGCCAGACUACUUUCACAGAUGCAAGAGCUGCAGCGAGCUGUGGCCGUACAUGGUGUUCGGAGGCGUGACGAUCCCCCAGCUUUUGAAGGAGCUCAAGCGCCAGGGCAAAGUGGUGCCGUCGGUCCCGAAGGGGGCCCGCUACCUAUGCCUGGUGGUGAUGCUGAUGGGCUUCAGCUGGUCUCCAGCGAUCUGUCAUGGUGCUCUGGAGGACCUUCUGUGCGAUCUACCUGGCUUCCCUCGAGGAGCUCAGCUGGUCCACGGGCGCGUCCCCCCCAGCUUCUCCGAGACGGCCUUCAUCUACUGGGUGUUCAUGGACGACUUCGCCUCGAUGACCUUGCAGCAGGACGAGAUGAGCGGGGUGGCGGAGGCAGUCCGCGAACACGCUGGGAAGAAGCUCAAGGAGGUGGGCCUCGACAUGCACAAAGACGGAGUCGGGGCAGCGAUGCCCCUCUCUCUGGGCGUGACGAUCACUCAGCGCCCUCAUCGCUUGAUGGCAGCUCAGGAGAAGGUCAAGAAUGUCAUUGGUGCGACCAAGGCCCUUUUGGACCGAGGCCGAGCGACGCCAACCGAGCUAUCAAGGAUAAUUGGGUCGUGGGUGUGGCUGGCGAUGUGCUGUCGGGCCGCCUUCUGCAUGCUGGAUGCUUGCUACAAGUUCGUGACGAAGUACGGCGACGACGAUCAGGUUCACAUCCUGUGGGAGAGCGUGACAAACGAGCUGUACAUGCUCUACCACCUGGCCCCCCUGAUGUAUACCCACUUGGAGUCGAAGUGGAGCUCCAGUGUCUUUGCUACGGAUGCGAGCGAAGAAGGCCUGGGGGUAGUCGAGACGGAAGCGAGCCGGGAGGAGGUCCGAGCCGAAGUCAACCGACAGUGGAGAGCCGACCAUCUUCGAGACAUGGCCAGGGACGAGGAGGAGGAGGAGCUGCUCAGUGGCGAGAACCUCGAGCGAGCCAGACGAGGCAUCCCCCCCGUGGUGUCCGAUGGCGAGGUCCCUCCGAUGAAGUUCAUGGCCGACAUUUUCUCAGGGUACGGCGGCUUCGGGCAGGCGAUCCGCGAGGAACUGCAGUGCCAGACCCUGUUCGUGGACAACGCACGGGAGGUGCGCCACGACCUGCUGGACGCGUCCUUUGUCGAGCUCGUCUGUCGCGCCGUUCUUCGCCCCCUCUUCUUCAUGGUGCAGAGAGUACGGGAAGGCAACGCUCUGGCCCAGGCGGCGAUCUCAAUUUGCUACGCGUGCCUGGCAUCGGGGACAGGUUUUUCGCUGGAGAACCCCAGGACCUCGAUGAUCUGGGACCUCCCCGACAUGGCGAAGUUGCUGACGAUGGAUGGAGUUCGCGUAGUGGAGAUAGUGUACUGUGCCUUCGGAGCCCGAUGGAAGAAGCCAACUCGAAUAGUGACCAACGUGCAGGCGCUGGAGGAGCUCGAAUGCAAGUGCUCUCACGACCACGAUCAUCAGGAGCUGCGGGGGCGCGACUCUCAAGGGCGUCUCUGGGCGCGCCUGGCAGCAGUCUACCCGCCACGCCUGUGCCAGGCCUAUGCCUCUUGUGUGGCCAAGGCCGUGUCCAACAACGAGCUGAAGCUGCACGACUGGCGCAUGCGAGAACUCCGAGGCGCAUCGCCGAAGCCAGUCGCAGUCAUGAGUCACUGGGCAAAAGUAUCCCGAUGGCAUCUGGCGUGGAAAGGGGUAUGGGCGUAUCACGAUCAUAUCAAUGUGCAGGAAAUGAGGACGGUCGCGUCGGUAUCUCGUCACCUGUGUCGCUCGUCAAAGAACUGGUUCAGCCGAGUCUUGGUCCUGUGCGACUCAAUGGUGACGGUGGGUGCAGUCAGAAAGAUGCGGAGCUCUUCGCGACCUUUGAUGACGCAGCUGAAGAAGAUCGGUGCUAUCACGCUGGCCACCGGUAUACGAUUGACGCUGAGGUGGAUACCCACAGACAUGAACCCGGCCGACGGCCCUUCGAGAGGCGAGGAGAUAGGCAGCGCCGAGAUCACCAAGACCAAGUCCGAGCAGAAGAAGAGCGUGAUGGACAGCGACUUCGAGUUCGAGAGGCUCUUCGGGGACAUGCUGGAGAUCAGGGGCAUGCACGACGACUACGACCUGGACGAGAGCUUCCAGGCUGACGGCGACCACACCUUCGACAGUGAAGAUGGGCAGGCCGCUGAGGACGUGGGACUGUUCGCCGGAGCUCUAGAAGCAGCAGUGACAGUCAAAAAGACGGCCAAAAAGAAAGGCAAGCAACGAGCUCACGUUCCUCAGAACAAGAAAGGCCCCCUCGCCUUCGAGAACGCCGCUCGGGAGCCCCCAGUGUCGAGAACCAGCCUGGGCUCUGGCACGCUGGAAGUACCUCUGCGCCUUCUCGUGCACGCAGUUCAGGACAACACUAACGUGUGCUACAUCAAGGAGGUGGAGCCCUUCCUUGUGAAGGUGCGUCUCAAGAGGCUUCCCUUUUCCACGGCGGCCGAGCGGGACAUCACCCUUGCGGCGGAGUUAGACCACAUGUGCUUCGUGGAGAGGGCUUCGGUGUCAAGAGGAGUUCGCUUGUACCAUGGGCUGGUCCACAUGUUUCCAGAGUGGAAGUCUGAGUUGCCGAUCUCCUUGCGUGCUUUGCAUAGCUGGGAGAAACUCCAGGAGUCCUGGGAAGGUGGCCCAGCCUCUGCCGAAGCAAUCUAUUUCAUAGCUUCCCAGGCGAUCAAAUCAGGCCACAUAGACGAGGGGAUAGCAUUUCUUGUGGCGUACGAUUGUUAUCUUCGAGAACAGGAUUGGUUGCAGCUGAAGGGUGAG